CACAUUGUUCGUGGUGAAAAUGAAUAAGAUCAUUUUAUACUUGUUAUUUCCUUUGUCAGUGUUUUUGUCAGCAAGUGUUGCAGACACUAACAUCGAAAAUGAAUUUCGUGAGAUACGGAGCAUUCUGAUGCGACAAGAGCAAGAGAUUCGCGACAUACGAAUUGACAAUCAAGCAUUGAGAACCAUUAUAGUCCGUCAGGAGCGCGCGAUCCGGGAAUUACGACUUGAGAACCAAGCCUUACGGAAUGAAGUUGAUGACCUACAGACGUUUCCGUCCACUUCGACGAAGAAUAAAGCUGAGGAAAAUGAAGAAAAAAUCCCCUCUUCAGGAUCUGGACAGAUUGAAAUGAGCGAAUCACCAGGAAAGAUAUCUAUGAGCAAAGGAAAAAGGGCAAUUGGCACUGGAACUCCGAUUGCAUUCUUUGCCUAUAUGUCAAAAUCAGAGCAUAAUCCAAGUAACCAUCACAUGCUCAUCUUCGACAUCAUCACAACAAAUCUGGGUGGAGGUUACAACAGACACAGCGGCAUGUUCUCGGCCCCCGCGGCUGGGCUGUAUGUCUUUACGUGGACUAUCUAUACCGGUGAGCAUGGUAAAACUGCAUUCGCCAUCUAUGUCAAUGACGACAUAGUCAGUAGCUGCUUUGGGGAGACGGACGGUAAUAGUCGAGAUUACGAUUCUGAGACAGGGACUAUCGUAGUGUCCUUAAACCAGCACGACGAUGUCUACAUUCGGUCAAUCAUGGCUUGUACUACCUACGUACCCAGUAUUGACUGGCAUGCAAGAACUACGUUUGCUGGGUGGAAACUCGACUAAUACAAUGUGGAAGUUUAACUAAAACUUGCAUACAGACAUGAAUAAAAGCAAUGAAACAAAUG